CGCGGGCGUCCCGGAGGGGCAGGACACGGCGAGGGUCAGCGGGCGUCCGGGUCCGACCCGCGCAGGUGUCGCCUGGGCGCGCGGCUGGGAAGGCUAGCGAGUGAGCCGUCCCAGUGGAGCAGGGCUCCGAGCCCGGCGCAGCGCGGAAUUGGACCGGGCGGGCGCGCCCGCGGGCCGGUGGUUGAACUUUGUCUCCCCUGGAGCGCGAGUUCGGAGCUCCCUGUGGCAGCAGCGACAACAGCCUGCCCUGAAAAAUGCUGGAGGCUGGGCGUGGCCCUAGGCCGGGGGACCUGUUUUUCCUGUUUCUCGCAGAGUUCCCUGCAGCCUGGUCCAGGCCUAUGCACUCUGGAGGAAGGAACCUGAGCAGGCGCUGAGCAUCCUGACAGCGGAGCGGGGCCGGUCAGGGUGAUGGCGACCGAUGUGGGCCCGUGGAAUGGCACCAGCAAUGGUACCUGGGACGGGGAUGAGCUGGGCUACCGGUGCCGCUUCAACGAGGACUUCAAGUACGUGCUGCUGCCGGUGUCCUACGGCGUGGUGUGCGUGCUCGGCCUGAGCCUCAACGCCGCGGCGCUCUACAUCUUCCUGUGCCGCCUCAAGACCUGGAACGCCUCCACCACCUACAUGUUCCACCUGGCGGUGUCGGACGCGCUGUACGCCGCCUCGCUGCCGCUGCUGGUGUAUUACUACGCGCACGGCGACCACUGGCCCUUCAGCGCGGCGCUCUGCAAGCUGGUGCGCUUCCUCUUCUACACCAACCUGUACUGCAGCAUCCUCUUCCUCACCUGCAUCAGCGUGCACCGCUGCCUGGGCGUGCUGCGCCCGCUGCGCUCGCUGCGCUGGGGCCGGGCCCGCUACGCGCGCCGCGUGGCCGCGGCCGUGUGGGUGCUGGUGCUGGCCUGCCAGGCGCCCGUGCUCUACUUCGUCACCACCAGCGUGCGCGGCGGCCGCAUCACCUGCCACGACACCUCGGCGCCGGAGCUCUUCAGCCGCUUUGUGGCCUACAGCUCCGUCAUGCUGGGCCUGCUGUUCGCAGCGCCGUUCGCCGUCAUCCUGGUCUGCUACGCGCUCAUGGCGCGCCGGCUGCUGAGGCCGGCCUACGGGACCGCCGGGGGCCUGCCCCGCGCCAAGCGCAAGUCGGUGCGCACCAUCGCCGUGGUGCUGGCGGUCUUCGCGCUCUGCUUCUUGCCCUUCCAUGUCACCCGCACCCUCUACUACUCCUUCCGCUCACUCAACCUCAGCUGCCGCACCCUCAACGCAGUCAACAUGGCCUACAAGAUCACCCGGCCUCUGGCCAGUGCCAACAGUUGCCUGGACCCCGUGCUCUACUUCCUGGCUGGGCAGAGGCUUGUCCGCUUUGCCCGGGACGCCAAGCCACCCACGGACCCCACCCCUGCCACCAGGGCUCACCGCAGGCUGGGCCUGCGCAGGUCGGACAGAACUGAUCCCAAGGGGACAGACGAUGUGUCAGCCAGCAGUGAGAACUCCAGGCAGACUGAAUCCAUGCAGGGUGGCAGCGAGGACACCAAGGACAUCCAGUUAUAGGAUCUGAGCCCCUUGGGGGCUGUGCAAGUUUAUAGACGGGGACCUGAGUCCUGGUAAGGGACCAGGACUCGUUCCGAUGUAAUGGUCUUCCCAGAUGAGGACCAGAAGUGACUCGUGCCAGAUGAUCAAGGAAGCCACUACUUCACACUGCUCCCUCCCUCUGUGGUCUAGAGGCACCUGGCCCCAUAGCCCCAGUCAUCGUUAUAUGUGUGUGGGGGGGUCUACAGUUUCAAGAAAGGCAAUUGUUCAGGGCCAGCGCCUUCAAAUAGCUGCCCUACCUGCCCAGGCCUCUAGGCUGGAGUCCCAGUCGCAUGGAAUGGAGGGACAGGCCCAGAGAAGAAGGUGGCCUUCCAAGGUCAUGCAGCAGAGUCUGGCCUGAGCUACCCAGGGUGGGCCACAGACUGACUGAAGGACUCGGAUAAGGCUGAGCUCCCACAGUGGGCUGGGAUGGGACUUGCUGCCGUGGUAGACUCAGCACUGAAGAACACCCCAGCCCAAGAGAACAGCAGGAGGUGAUGUCAUACGGCCAUCUAAGGCCCCCUGGGCCCGGAGCCGGUGGGAGGUUGUAACUUAUACUAAAGGUUGUGUUGUCUGCUGA